GGCUGCAUACGGAGGGCAGCAAAUGGGACAUAGGGAACCCAGCUGGCAACCUGUCAACGGUGGCGGUGAUGCCAGUGUCCGAGGACGAGCCCCUCACUGCCUUCGCCCUGGAGCUCGAACACGCCCUCAGUGCCAUUGGCCCAGUCCUGCUGCUGACCAGUGACAACGUCAAGCAGCGCCUGGGCUCUGCUGCUCUGGACAGCAUCCACGAGUACCGGCUCUGCAGCUGGCUGGGGCAGCAGGAGGACAUCCACCGGGUCGUGCUCUACCAGGCGGACAGCACGCUUACGCCCUGGACCCAGCGCUGCGUCCGGCAGGCUGACUGUGUCCUCAUUGUGGGCCUGGGCGAGCAGGAGCCUCUGGUGGGCGAGCUGGAGCGGAUGCUGGAGAACACAGCCGUGCGCGCCCAGAAGCAGCUGGUCCUGCUGCACAGGGAGGAGGGGCCCGCGCCGUCCCGCACCGUGGAGUGGCUUAACAUGAGGAGCUGAUACUCCGGCCACCUGCACCUCCGCUGCCCACGCCGCGUCUUCUCCAGAAGGAGCUUGCCCAAGCUGGUGGAGAUGUACACGCGCGUCUUCCAGCGGCCCCCGGACCGGCACUCGGACUUCUCCCGCCUGGCACGGGUGCUGACGGGCAAUGCCAUCGCCUUGGUGCUUGGGGGAGGGGGAACCAGAGGCUGCACCCAGGUGGGUGUCCUCAGGGCCCUGACAGAAUGCGGCAUCCCUGUGGACAUGGUCGGAGGGACGUCCAUUGGGGCCUUCAUGGGUGCCCUGUACUCUGAGGACUACAGCCAGAUGUGGAUCCGGGCCAAGCAGUGGGCCGAGGACAUGACAUCGAUGGCAGAAGCCAUGCUGGACCUGACCUACCCCAUCACAUCCAUGUUCUCCGGAGCCGGCUUCAACAGCAGUGUCUUCAAGGACCGGCAGAUCGAGGACCUAUGGCUCCCCUACUUUGCCAUCACAACCGACAUCACAGCCUCUGCCAUGCGGGUCCACACAGACGGCUCUCUGUGGAGGUACGUGCGUGCCAGCAUGUCCCUGUCGGGCUACAUGCCCCCCUUCUGCGACCCCAAAGGUGGACACCUGCUGAUGGAUGGGGGCUACAUCAACAACCUGCCAGCAGAUGUAGCCAGGUCCAUGGGGGCAAAGGUGGUGAUCGCUAUUGACGUGGGCAGCCGGGACGAGACGGACCUCACCAACUAUGGCGAUGCACUGUCUGGGUGGUGGCUUCUGUGGAAACGCUGGAACCCCUUGGCCAAGAAAGUCAAGGUGCUGAACAUGGCGGAAAUUCAGACGCGCCUGGCCUACGUGUGCUGCGUGCGGCAGCUAGAGGCGGUGAAGAGCAGCGAGUACUGCGAGUACCUGCGUCCCCCCGUCGAUGGCUAUGGCACCCUGGACUUUGGCAAGUUCAGUGAGAUCUGCGAAGUGGGGUACCAGCAUGGACGCACAGUGUUUGACAUCUGGGGUCGGAGUGGGGUGCUGGAGAAGAUGCUGCAGGACCAGCAGGGGACGAGCAAGAUGAAGGCCAGAGCUUUCCUCACCUGCCCCAACGCCUCCUUUACGGACCUGGCCGAAAUUGUAUCUCGCAUCGAGCCCACCAAGGCUGCCAUGGUGGAUGAUGCAUCUGACUACCAGACUGAGUACGAGGAGGAGCUCCUUGGUGUUCCCAAGGAUGACACGUAUGCCGACUUCCAGAGCACCCCGGCCGAGCCGGGCUCUGGCUUGGAGGACCAGCCCUUGCUCCAGCAACAACACCCCAGCCUGGCUUUCCCAGAACCGUCCCAGGGCGCCUCAUGCCCCUGGCUCUCUAGCCAGGACGGAUAGUGGCUUCUGCUCUGAUGCCCCCAGACCCAGCAUCAUCUGUGGGCCUGUCCCCGAGACUGCGGCUCCUGCCAACUCCUGGGAGGCCUCCUCACCAGCCCUGCCCUCAAGAGCAGGCGGGAAGGUCCCAGGGCCAGCUGCCAGUGUGUCCAUCGUCCCUCUGGGGCCCUGUGCGGCACUAGGGAGUCUUUGGGCCUCUUCUGUGCACUGGACCCCCCCCAGCAGUUCUGGGGGGCUGUGCAUGCCCCUGUGAACCCCCUGGAAGCCUCUGUGAUGCCGCUGCUUGCCUUGUAAUAAAGAUGUUGACGGUGUGUCAGA